UAGUUUACUCAGCAAAAAAACUGUUCGAACACAAUAAUGUAACUAUGAAUUGUAAGCAUUGUUGUCAGCAAAACAAAAUCAAAUUCUUCACAAAAUACUGAAUGUAAUCAAUGCUGUAUUUUGAAUAGCUUUUGCCAAACAAAUUUGCUUGUUAACAUCGUCAUUUUAGAAUCGGUUAAUUUUUUGAGCUUUUUUCUCUCAAGUUAUCACUUUUUCACUCUACUAAAACAGGCUAUUGAAACUUUUAUUUAAAUUCUACUUCGAUUAAGAGAUAAAAAAGACAUGGCUGUUAAAAUACUAGUGGACGUGUGGCUUUUGAUUGCUCUGGCAAUCCACGUGUGUACAAUAGUGUUUGCUGUGGCUUCGGUAGCCGGACCCUACUGGAUGGAUGGACCAGUGGCUCAUUUCGGCCUGUGGAACUACUGCUACGAGUACGUGUCGGCUACGCACUCGGACAAGUGCUACCAGAUCACAGACGUGGAUGGGUUCGAUGUCGACGGAUACUUCCGAGGUAUCCAAGUGUUCAUGUGUAUGGGGUGCAUUAUCACACUGGUCACUUUCCUCCUCAUCUUCGGCCUCAUUUUUAUGCUGGUCAGACAAGACAACAGGAAGUACGCCCUCUUCGUCACAGUCAUCGUCUGCUUCAUACAAGGCAUGCUGUUGUUUACGGGGUGUGUGAUGUUCCUGAGCCAGAAGGAGAAAUACGCGGGAGUCCAGAUGAGUGCUGACUGGGCUCACUACCUGGCAUGGGUGGCCUGCUGCUGCAGCUUCAUCGCCGCCUGCUUCCUAGUUGUACACUACGCACUCAACCGGGAAGUGUACGAGGAACUGUGAUGUGCUGAUAAUUACUAACCAAAAUUAUAACUAAUGAGCAAUGAUUAAUUAAUCACAUAAAUUUAGUUCAUUUUUAGCAACUGUGAGAUUCGAAUCAUUCAUGCCGUUGAUAAACAUGGCCGUGUAUUAAGUAAUAAUUCAUUUGUAGCUAAUUGAUUGUUAAUGCCAAAAAAGGUUUGUGAAAAAAUCGAUGAAUUUAAACCCGCCUCGAUAUUUCAUUCAGACGGUCAUUUUUGGUCACUUUUUUGUUGACUACCAAGUUUCCUUUUAAUUGAAUUGCACAGGUAUUAAUAUUGAACGUCGUUUUAAAUUCAGCUUGCUUUUAAAAAAUAAUGGUACUCAGUCCUGUUUAGCUUGUCGAGAAGGUUGUAAAAAUCAAUUUGGAAUCAUAACAGUAGCAUUAACAAUUGGCAUUAACAAUUGUGACUAACAAUUUGAACUGUAAAGAGCAGCUGACGAACGACAAACUAACAAAAUACAAGCAGACAAGCUUCCGAGACGCAACUUUUUGGAUUCAAAGUUUAUUCCAAUUUGUUUUUUGACUAAUUUAGUGAAAAUGAUUUAAUCAAUGGUUAAAAUUGCUAUGAAUAAAAUAUAAUUUUGUUAGUUUGUUUGAAUUAAUUUUUUAAAAACUG